AUGACUGGGCAGAAGAUAAUCAGUACAUGCAGGUGUUAUCAAAGAAAUUUGAAAGUGCAGAUGGAAAAGAAUCCUGGUAUAGAGAGCUGCUUAGCUGCAGUUAUAAAAGCCUUCAGCUAUCCUGUGACUUGUGCAGAAGGUAAACUGGCAAAAAGUGAUGCUUUGAAUCAAGAUGAUUUGAAGAAAUCAGAUAGUGAAGCUCAUAUGGCACUUGCCAAGUACUGUGAAGAAUGUGUUAUAAAAUGGAAAGAUCAUGUGGAUGUGUCACAAUAUUCCAAAGCCCUUAUGGUCUCGGUCCUCCGAGCAAUGGCAAAUGGGUCACGAGAUGCUCAUUUUCAUUUCCCGCGUCUGAUAAAUUUAAUGAAUGAGGAUGGAAGUCUUUUAUCAUCUUUCCAGGAGGAAUCUGAGAAGGUACCAAUAUGGAUGUUCUUGCUCUGGCUAAGUCACAUUCUCAUAUAUGUGGAUAAAGUUCCGGGGCCUGCUCUUCAGCCUGUGGUUGAGCGGUUGGCAGCAGAAUACCCUGAUGCAGUUAUAUAUCCUUUUGGGAUUAGCAAGCAACAGUACGACUUCAGUAGUCACGAAGGCAAACUUGCUAAAUCCAUGUGUGAAAGGGUAGAGGCCUUACUCAGCUCACACAGACUUCUACAUCAGUUUGUGUCAGCAAUGUCACUUAUGGUGGUUCCGUCCAUUGCAUGCAAAGAUGCAAUUCAAAAUGUUUUGCAAGAGAAAGACAAACAAAAGAUGGAACUGUGUUUAAAGGAGAUUGAGAGUCAGUUCUUAAAAGUACAGAGCAGGUCUUCUAAAGGAAAUGCAGAGGAAAAGGGUGAGGCAUAUACCAGGCAAGACCGAGUAAAGAAGCAAAUGGCUGAAGCUUUUGCAAAAGCAUUUGGUGAAAAUCUGAAGAAGGCAAAGUCUUUGUCUAUUGGAGAUAUUCAGAAGCAACUUAGCUCGAUGGGAAGAUUCUUGCAGCUGUCUCCAGAAGAGUCAAAAAAGUUGCCCCGGCAGUUGAAGGCCUAUUCUCCCUGGCUGGCCAAUUUCCAGGCAUCAAGGUAUUCAGAAGUGCUCGAGUUGCCUGGUCAGUAUACUGGAAUGUCCAAACCUUUACCUGAGUAUCAUGUAAAGAUUUCAAGUUUUGAUGAAAAUGUCAUGCUUAUGUCAUCUAUGCGUGUGCCAAUGAGGAUUAUAAUUAGAGGUGAUGAUGAAAAGGAAUACAAGUUCCUUGUGAAGUGGGGAGAAGAUCUCCGCACUGACCAGAGAAUGGAGCAGAUGUUUACACUGAUGAACAGUAUAUAUGCUAGGUCGCCUCUGUGCACCAAAGCUUCAUCCGUUCCUUCACUGGACACUUAUCAGGUGAUCCCACUUUCACUGAGAGUGGGCAUCUUGCAGUGGGUUGAUUCUACUCAACCCCUAAAGGACUUUAUAAAUGAAUCGUAUAGAGAAAAUGAAACAAAAUGUUAUGGUGAGGCAAGGGCUCUUUAUGGAAAGAAUGAAAAUUAUAAUGUUGCCAAGAAAGCCAAAAAGCGGGAUGUUAUAAAGGCAUAUGAAGAAGUUGUAAACAAGAUUCCAUGGGAUGUCUUACGCCGGGGACUUGUGAGGAUGUCAAGCAGCAAUGAAGGCUUUUUCAGUCUAAGAAGUGCUUUUGCCGUGAGUUACGCAACAUUAUGUAUCUCACAGUGGCUUUUGGGCAUUGGUGAUCGUCACUGUAGCAAUUCCCUUGUAAGUCUGAAGACUGGUCGUGUUGUUGGGAUUGACUUUGGCCACCAUUUUGAAAGUGCUGUGCAGUUUCUGCCAGUUCCAGAGUUGAUGCCGAUUCGCCUGAGUCCUCAAAUUGUAAAUGUAUUCCAGCCAAUAGGCCAAGUCGGGAUGUUGAAAGAAAUCAUGGUUGCUGCACUGGGAGCACUUCAAGAAUCGCGCCAUGUACUGACAGCAGUUUUAGAGGCCUUUGUCAAAGAGCCAACAAAAGAUUGGCUAGAUUUUGUUCAGAAACAGGAGGGUGACACCAAGGACAGCAAAGUAGAACUGUUUUCUAACAAACGAAUCGAAUUGCUAAAUGAUAAGCUGAGUGACAUUAACCCAGCCUACAUAACCUUAUGGGCAGUUUCCCAAAAUAAAUAUGUAGCAAAACAGAAGGCCUAUGAGAACCUCAAACAAGCUGUCUUAGGCGACAGAGGAGAAUCCGUCCGAGCCAGUGUUGGCGAGCGAGGACUCAGCACUCACCAGCAGGUAGAUGUCCUUCUUGAACAAGCGACAGACCCUAAUAUCCUGGGAAGAUCUUGGAUAGGCUGGGACCCAUUCCUGUAAGAUCAGCACAACACUAACUAGGUGCACAUGGGGUUUGAUUCAUUCAUUUUAUUUUGUUGAUUGUUUGAGAGAAAUAACUUAAAUUUUAGAGAAGUCGACUGGGUAGAGUUUUAGUAAAUAUAUGAUGCCAUUGUGCUCUUUCUAUGCAUACUGCGUAAAUUUAAUGCAAGAAAUGUUUUGUUGCAUUCCACUUUGUGAAGGUUCAUUUGUGAUCUUGAAUGACAGAUUUCAUCACUGAUACAUAUUUUUGUUUCUGUUUUUGAUAAUUCACUAUAUAUUUAUAUUUGCAAAAAAAUGAAACUUGAUUAAGAAUUGUUAAGAUGUUCCUAAGCAUGCUCAGUAUCUUUGUCGAUAGGUCUUGUUUCUGAAAAUGAAGAGAGCGA